AUGAAGUAUGUACCCAUCAUCUCCGAGGACAACAUCCAGCAUGUCCACCACAUCCUUCUGUACGAGUGUCAUCUCCCAGAGAGUGACGAAUAUUUUGAUAAAUGGAUCGACGUAGAGGGAGCCCAGUGCUUCGGUCCCAAUAUGCCCGUCUCCUGGAGGUACUGCACCAGUCCCCUGGUGGCCUGGGCUGUUGGUGGUGAAGGGACCUUUAUACCUGAACACGUUGGUUUCCCACUGGGAGAGGAGCACGGGGGAGCUACGUACUUCAUGAUGGAGUUGCACUACGACAAUCCUAACCUCAGGAGAGGCAUAGUUGACAAUUCAGGCCUGAGGAUUUACUAUACAGAGAAGCUGCGUCCACAUGAUGCUGGCAUACUGAUGCUGGGCCACAACGUGUCACCUAUGCAAGUGAUACCCCCAGGUCAACAUUGGCUGACCAUUGGCCAUUGUAGCAGUGACUGCACUGGCCAAAAUCUUCCUGAAAAGGGGGUCAAUGUAUUUGCUGGGAUUCUUCAUGCACAUCUUCUGGGUAGAAAUAUGACCCUCAGACAUAUCAGAGAUCACAAGGAGCUACCCAUGGUUAUACGAGAUCUCCACUACGACUUCAACUUCCAAGAGACCAGGAAUCUCAAGGAGGAAUUGGUCGUAUUGCCCGGAGAUUCCCUGAUUACUGAAUGUGGACUGGAUUCCACAUCACGCAGCGGUCCUACUUUUGGAGGAUUCGGAACCAAUCAGGAAAUGUGUCUAUCUUUCCUCUACUAUUAUCCUCGCGUGGACUUGGCUACCUGUGGCUCGGAGCUCUCUGCUAGGAGUCUCUUUUAUGCCCUGGGCAUUAAGGAUGCCCGGGUGCAGCAGGGACAGAAGACUGGAUCUCCCAACGAAAUUGGCAUCCUGGAAUGUCUUCCUAGUAAUUGGCUUCCUGGAAUAUCUUCCUGGAAUCGACAUCCUGGAAUGUCUUCCUGGAAUUGCCUUCCUGGAAUCGGCAUCCUGGAAUGUCUUCCUGGAAUUGGCAUCCUGGAAUUAGCUUCCUGGAAGUGGCUUCUUGGCAUUAGCUUCCUGGAAUCGGCAUCUUGA